CAACAAAAAAUUCAAAAAAUACAUAAUCAAAAAAAUUUAAUUUUUUUUUUAAAUCAACCGCUUUGUCUCGACACAUUUCAGUUCUAAAAAUUACAAGUUACAAGCUAAUUUUAAACAACUCGCUGUUGUUGUGAUUGUUGCUGUAUUUUUUAUUUUUUUUUUAUUAUUAUAACUGCCAUUUGCUCGCGCGUCUUCCACGCAUCAUCAUCCAAUUGAAUGUAUCGCGCUCUGCGUUAGUAGUGCCAGCAAUGAGUAUACCGGCGCGCAGCAAAUGGUCCACGGCGACUGCGGUGGCGACGGCGGGCGUACAGCGCAGGCGCGUAAUCAACAAACACAUUCAACAGAAGUAUCUGUUAUGUGGGUUUGCCAUACAUGCUUUCCUCGCCACACCCGCCUAUCUCUAUGGCAAUGUCGUGGAAUCGGAUAAGGACUUGGUGCUCCGGAUCUGGCCGGCGAUCGUUUAUCAAGCCACCGGUCAGAUUUGUCGCUCAAUUUUGGAACAUCUGGACACAGAGUAUCGGGGACGUGAACGUGAGACCACACAAUAUAGACGGUUCUUCCUUUGCGCCACGCUCAUCACUUGUGUCUCGCUUAUGAUUAGCGGUGUCUUCUUUUCAUCGGCUUGGUUUAUUGUCUCAACAACAACACAAGCAGUAGCAAUAGUAUUCUAUGGAUUAUUUGCGGGCAUUGGUUCUAGUCUCUUCAUUUGGAAGACGCACGUCAUUUUGGAAGCUGUGCGCCCACGAGAAGAUAAGUUCGUACGCAAAACGAUACACCUCUGCGGUGAGGCAUUCUGUCAGCUCUUUCUCUCCUUCGUCUUCACCAGUCUGCGCACACUGUACGGUACAGCGCAGUCAAUAGUGCUGAUGUCCGCCUUAUUAGUGAAUCUUAUACCGAUCAGUUUGAUUAUCACACGCCAUCGUGAGGGUUCCAUCACAAAACGCAUUUCGAUGAUCACCGCGGAGAGUGCCUUCCCGCCACUGCAUCAUCAAUUGGGCGCGUUCCCGCCCAGCAUUGCCGAUCAAAUCGAUGGUAUUGACGUACAAGUGCCACGCAUUUGGAAGAGUCCACUACGCGAACAGCAUCCGGGUACCGCUACGGCGGCACUCUUCUCAGCCGAGGCGCGUAACAAUUAUAUGUUGGCUGCGGAUGAGGCCUAUGUGACCUUUGUCAAUCCCAAUGGUGUAGAGAUUAUGGAAAUCAUACCCGAGGAAGAUGAGACUGUAUCUAUGAUGCGUGGCAGCUCAGCAACGAUAGGAAAAAGUCACAAUAGCGUGGCCGCAUCACAAAAAAUCCAUCCAAAUGCCUCAUCGAAUGGAUUGCAGCAAAUGGAUGAGGCGGUGGGCGGAGUUAAGCCGGAGGCAGAUAUGAAGAGAGUUGGAAAGUUGUACAAAUUUCAACGCGUCUCGCACUACGUGACCACGCAUGUUUGGAAGAGUUUGAAAGAGAAGACUUUACUGCCGCUGCAACGUGCGAUCUUGGUGCCACGUCUCUACUCAACCACACUACUAAUGUCAGCGGACAUUUUCUCAUAUGUUAUGUGCCUAACGGUACUGCCGGGUUUGGCGGUGACGCACCAUGCCAUUAAGAAUGCCGAAAUACCAUUUCUCUUUUCGCUGCUGGCCUUCCCAUGGAUGUGCUUCUCGUUGAUGACACCGCGCUUCGGCAAUAGUUUGUAUAAACGCAAAAUCGAAUGGCAUACUUUGGGCAGCGUCUGCAAGGCUCUAGCGCUAAUUCUCAUUAGUUUCUCCACUUCGAAACUACAGCUAAGCGUAUCUUCCGUCCUGCUGGGUUUCGGUCAAGCGGUAACGCUCUUCUUGCAGGACGUUGUCUUUCAGCGCAGCAUGCCACGUGCUCAAUGGAAUGCCAUACGCUACCCGGUACAUUUCACCAAUGGUCUGCUGCUGUUCGUGUGGGGCGCCUUGGCUCAUUGGGUUGUGGUAAACUUUUCGUUUCAGGCGACUGUGGGUUUGGCGGGCAUGGUUUAUGUUAUCAGCAUGAUAACUUGGAAUAUGAUUUUUGUCUGUUGUAACACGAGAGAUUGAAAUAUUUGGUCAGCUUGAUCCAUUCAACUGGAUUAUAUAAAGAAAUAGUAUCUCGCAAGUAUUCCUUCGUACUCUCGUAGCAAAAUGUAUGAAAUUCUUGAAAGCAAGUUCAAGAUUAAAGGGAUAUUUGAGGUUAGAAAAUAAAUUGUUCCUCAUUAGAAUCAAAAAAAUUAGUUAAGACUUUUCAAAAUUUAAAUUGUUAUUUUUUAGAAUUUUACAAUUAAAAAAUUUGAGCUUUAAAUACUUUUUUUUAUGUAAUAAAAAUAAAUUUAAAUUUCUAACAGCUCUGUAUUUCUCCAAUUAAGUAUAAUCUCAUAAUUAUGUAAUUUUAUAGAUAAUUAAUAAUGUUACGAAACUUAAUUUGUUGUAUUUUUAAUAAAUUUUUUUAAACAAAAAAAACAA